UGCCUGUCAGCCUCUCACGUCGAACACAACUCAAUCUUGCAGGUCACAACAUCGCGGCCUGCGCGGACCGACGACGUCAACCAAUCACGGCCUUCUCUGCCUGCAGGCAUGCCUCCUCUUUGCGCCGCGUAGCGUUUGAGCACUGUACGACUGAAGAAGAGGAGUCGUUCGUCCGUUCGCGCAAUCGGCCAUGAGCCUGAAAGCCCGAUCGUCGCCGCGCGUAGGGUCGCUUGCCUCCUCGUCGACCUCCUCGCUCUCGCCGAGACCCGCGACUAUUAAAGACGUCGCGAUUCGCGGUGUCUCGUCCUCUCGAUAUUAUCUCAGGGCUGACGUCAUGUGGUCCUGGUGGAAGGACGUUCGGCUGCGCACCCUCGUUUUAGUCAACAUCGCGGCCAUUGUAGAGAGGGCUGACGAGGCGCUUCUUCCUGCUGUGUAUAACGAGGUGGGGCAAGCCUUCCACGCGUCCCCCCAAGCCCUGGGCACUCUAACUCUUGUGCGCGCGCUCGUGCAGGCGUUCACGUGCCCUCUCGCCCCCUGGCUGGCGCACUGGAUGCCGCGGGUGCGGGUCAUUGCAGUGGGUGCAUUCACAUGGGCGAUCGCCACUCUGGGCGUCGGCGUGGCCACCAACUACUAUGAGGUGGCAGCGUGGAGAGGUCUGAACGGGGUGGGGCUAGCUCUCGUCAUCCCGGCCAUUCAGUCCCUCGUGGCCGACUCAGCCACGGCCAGCACGCGCGGCAUGGCGUUUGGCUGGCUGCAGUUCGUCACCAACUUUGGCAACAUCCUUGGCUUCACCCUCGGCAUCUCCCUCGCGUGCUACACCUUCUUUGGCCUCGCUGGCUGGCGCAUGGCCUUCAUUCUCGUUACAGCCAUCAGCCUGGGGCUCGCUGCCAUGCUCUGGCUGUUCGCCCAUGACCCCGUACCAACAACAGUCAAGUCGGUAGAAGCCUUGACUGAUCUGGCUGACGACGCCGGGGCGCAAGAGGAGCAUUCUGCAGCGCCGCUGCUGUCAGCAGAGAAGGGGUCCUUCCAGGAAGAUCACAUCCUAAACCCCGAAAAACAGCAACCCCGACACCAGCAGCACCAGCAGCAGCAGUCUCAAGACGAUGAGUCAGCUCCACUCCAAUCCACCGCCUCCCAUCGCCGCCUUUCUGCCACCUCCCCAUCCCCCCCCUCUUCUCACUCCUCCCUCCUCUCCUCCUCUCCCCACUCCCCUCCCCACCCCUCUCCCCCCCCUCUCCCCGCCCCCCUCCCCUCCCUCCGCUCCUCCUCCUUCCUCUCAGAUAUUCUCAAAGUCCUCCGCAUCCGCACCUUUCAGCUGAUCAUUGCCCAGGGGGUCAUCGGUUCCUUCCCCUGGGCGGCCGGGGCGUUCUUCCCCAUGUGGCUGGAGCUCUUGGGCUUUUCCCACGCGUCCACCGCGUUUCUGCUGUCGGUUUUCACUGUGGCGUGCAGCCUCGGGGGACUGUUUGGCGGGUGGUUUGGGGAUGUGAUGGCGAGGCGGUGGCCGGAUGGGGGGAGGCUGGUGUGUGCGCAGAUCAGUGCUGGGUGGGCGGUGGUGCUGUCCACGCUGCUGCUGAGAGUGGUGCCGCAGUCGCCGGACUACUUUGGGCUGUAUCUGGUGGUGUUGACCCUCAUGGGGCUGCUUAUAUCGUGGAAUGCUGCUGGCACAAACAACCCCAUAUUUGCGGAAAUAGUCCCGGAGCGACUCCGCACGGACAUCUACGCCCUAGAUCGAACCUUCGAGAUGUCCAUCGCAGCCUUCGCACCGCCCACUGUGGGCUACCUCGCCCAAGCCUGGUUCGGCUACAUCCCCCCUUCACCCCUGGCUGCCGAUACCACCGCUACAGGCAGCGAGGGUGGAAUAAGUAGUAGCAGCAGCAGCUCGUGCAGCCGCAGCAGCAGCAGGAGCCAUGCGGAGAUGGCAGCAGAUGCUAGGAAUGCAGAGGCGCUGUCGCUCGGCCUGUUUUGGACCAUGGCGCUUCCCUUCGCCAUCUGCUGCGUUUGUUACGGGUGGCUGUACUGGACGUAUCCUAAGGAUCGGGAUAACGUUCGGGCUGAGUCUGCUGCUGAGGCUCGGGAAGAGGAGACGAGGUUGGGUGGAGGCGGUGAGGAGGGAGGAGAGGGGAGGUGCUGACCUGAGAAGCUUGUGUAUAUGAUUCAUGUUUUUUCUAGCAUGUACCGUCGGCAGGGCUCCCGUUAUCAGACCAAAUCAGUCUGAUGGUCUGAAAAUCAGACUGGGUUUUUAUGUUUCAUCUGAUUUUUUGACAAGCCAAAUAUAUUCGUCUGAUUGUUCAGACAAGAUAUAAGAAUUCGUCUGAAACAUCAGACUAGGUGUACACAUUCAUCUGAUU